AUGGCUUCCUCUUUGGCGAAUACUCUUCGGACUCGAGUAAACGUUCAACAGCCCCUUCGCGUUGCUUGCAGUCAACGGAAGUCCCAUUCCUCUGCCCACGCUCAGACAGUGAUCAACCAUGGAACUACGAAAGAACCGUUAAUUCCUGCUUCGACCAAUGCCGACGGCACCACCGUGACGCAUCCACUGGCGCGUCUCUCAACCUCAAGCCUCCUCCGAACUUUGCUAUUAAGUACCUUCUUCACAUCCCCGUGGCUCUUCAGGCCGGGGUUUGCUGCAUUCGAGAAAAUCGCACACUCCCAAUCGGCAUGGCUGAACCCGGACCGGAAUCCACUCGUUCGCGCCAUCGUCCAUCCUCUCGUCUACAAGCAGUUCUGCGCCGGUAGGAACCGGAAGGAAAUCGGCCAAACGUCUGCCGAGAUUCGACGGCUGGGCUUCUCCGGGGUGGUCUUGUGCUACGGCAAAGAAGUCCAGGUCGAAGGCGACAAGUUCGUCGGCUACGAUGAUAGUAAGGCGGCGGUAAUGGACAAGGAAAUCGAACAGUGGGCCGAUGGCAACCUUGCCACCUUGGAUAUGAUCGGCGAGGGCGACUGGCUGGGUAUCAAGUACAGCGGCGCGGGGACGAACAUCACAAAAGCCCUCAUGAAAGGUGACAAGGCCCCGGCCAAGUUCGUCGAAGCCAUGGAGAAGAUCUGCCAACGCGCUGCCAGCAAAGGUUGCCGGAUCUGGAUCGACGCCGAGCAGCAAACCCUGCAGGCGGCCAUCGACCAAUGGACCUUUGAUCUCAUGCGUCGCUACAACCAACCCGGCCGCCGGGCCCUGAUAUACAACACGAUCCAGGCCUACCUGAAAUCCUCGCGUGACAAAGUCCAACACCAGCUCCAGCUUUCACGCCAGGAAGGGUGGCGGCUGGGCAUCAAGCUCGUGCGCGGCGCCUACAUCAACAACGACAUCAGAGAGGCGAUCCACGACACAAAGGCCGACACGGACGCCUCGUACAACGGCAUCGUCGAGGACCUGCUCUGCGGGAAGUUUCCCGCCAUGGCCGACCAAGAGUCGGUAGACCUCGACCUACUCCUCGCGGGUCACAAUGCCAGCACCAUCCGGGGAGCCGCUCGACUGGCCUCCACCCUGGCAGCCGAAUCAAAGCUGAAAGUCGUCCCGGAAUUCGGGCAGCUGCAGGGAAUGGCCGACGACAUCGGCUGCGAGCUGCUCCAGAUGGCCGACAACACCAAGCGGGACGGCACCCUGCCUCUGGCCAACACUUAUAUCCCCAGGGUAUACAAGUGUCUGACGUGGGGCAGCAUCCAGGAAUGCAUGCAGUACCUGACGCGGCGACUCGUCGAGAAUCGCGGUGCGGCCGACCGGAUGAAAGUCGGUGCCGCAGAAUUCCGGAAAGAGCUGCUACGCAGGAUAGGCAUUAGGACUUAA